AAGCACCUUAACUGAUGAGUGAUACUGUGAUAGUAUUCGAUUAGAUUCGGUCGGAUACGUCCAAUCGGAACCGUUCUAAAGGGUCGAAAUCAUCGAAUAAGAUGACUUUAAUGAGUCCUGGAUACAUUGAAGCAAUAAAAUCUAGUGGGCCGAUUUCAAGCCUUUUGUGGACUGGUCCUUCUAUUUGAAACAUACAGAUGGACAUACAUAUGUCGACUAAAUUUUGAAGAUUGAGUAUCCAAACGUUCUGCAUGUACUUCGAGAACAGUAUAAAUUUUACCCCUAAAAGGAAGUUCGUUCGGACGCAUCUUCAGAACCAGAGAUUUUCUAAGCAUAUUCACUUUCACUGUGAAGACUGAAAAUUUCAACUUUCAAAUCUAUACAGUUUCUGCGAUACAUUCAAUAGAAAAAGCACCUUAACUGAUGAGUGAUACUGUGAUAGUAUUCGAUUUUAUAGAACCUAGCAUAAUUAUGAUAUUUGUAGUCAAUGGAAGGAAAGAUAAGUUUUUCCUUCACUGAAGUCAGAGUCAUACCAAAUAAAAUGUUUGUCUCUCUGUACGUAAGAGAGAAGUGAAAUAGUGAACAGCGUAUAAAGAGAAAAGCCAGAAAAUUUUGUAAACUUUUCUCUCAAAAUAAGCAUUGCGACGGGAUGCAGAAUAGACGUAUUCGAAUGAGAACCGUUUUAGCUAUUUGUCUUUCUGUUUUAUUUUAGAGUUACAGCUGGAAUUCAAAAGAAAAGAAAUGAAAAAUAUCUUUAUUACACUAUUUACGAUUAGUAUACUAUCGGCAACAAAUGGAAGAAUAACCCAUACAAGUAGGUAGCAGGUUCUGCAGUAAUAGUUGUGAGCAUCAUGUCGAUGUAGUACGAGCGAGCUAAAUCUAGAUUCAUUUUUCGCUUCAUAUCUCUCUAAAGACCCAUCUGAAUUUUAUAGAUUUUUACUCAUUUCAAAUGGGACUUUGAAUAUAAUAUUUAUUCGUGGCUGUUCCGGUAGUAAUUCGUCACAUGCUUCACUUUACAGACGUCGUAGAUCAUUUAACAACGCAAACAUGACUGCUUAUACGAGAAAAGUAUACACAUACAUAAAAACUGAAUUUCGCGCAAAGUAUAUCUUAUUCGACUUCAAUAAACAAUAAUGUUUGAGAAAUAUUUUCAACUUGAUUGUUUUACUUAUACAUUCUACACUAGAAGUUGCUCUCUCGUGCUACUUCGCUCCUAGGUGCCUGUAUAUAUUGUCGUUCAUAAACUAAACUAUCCAAUAGACUUGCAAUAGGAACAAACUAAGUGAUAGUAUUAUAUCGAGCUCUAAUGAUUAAAUUUCAGAAGGUAUUCAAAUAUGUUCUCAAAUAACAUAGUCUGAACUCAUGUAAUCUGAAAUAAUUUAGCAGCCAGAACAUAUGCUUCAUAAAAAGUGAAUGAUCCUCUAACAAGAUCAGACACAAGUAGCAGGUGACGAAUAAUCUUCUGAUUAUAAAUCGUUUAUUUCGAACUCCAAAUCUUAUUCACAACAGGUGACAAAUAGUUCGCUGAUAGCGAACCGUGUGUUUUAAAUAAUAAAUCUGAUCACCACUGGGCAAAGAAUAGUCUGCUGUUCACGUAGCAGGUUAUAUAACUUCUCAUGCUUACUGUGAUAGCAGUAUGAGCUAACAUUCGAGAUCAGUAUUCAAAUCGAUUCUUCUCACAAUGUAUUUCCCGUUCCGUCUCUUCUAGGCGUAAACAUAUUAUCAUAUAAUAUUUUUAUGAGACCAUCUGGACUAUUUUCAAAUGACCAAAUUCCACGUGCUAAUUUAAUCCCACUGUAUUUGCCGGACAGUGACGUCAUUAUAUUUGAAGAAGCAUUUGAUGCAAAAGCAAGAGUAAUAAUCAAUAAUGGUCUAAGUAGCUCACAUCCAUAUCGAACAAACAUCAGUGGGCCAGGUGCAUUUUUGAAAUUAAAUGGAGGAGUAUAUAUGGCAUCAAAAUAUCCAAUCGUAAAAACAGAGUAUAGAAGAUAUGGUAAUGAUUGCGCAGUCGAUGACUGCUUUUCUGACAAAGCUGUGCAAUAUGCCAAAAUUAAUUUGUUUAACAAUGGGACAAUGUUACAUGUAUUUGGUACACAUGCGCAGGCAGGGAGUGAAGUAAAUCGGCCACCACUGCGAAAGAAUCAAUUUGGAAAGAUAAGAGAAUUUAUCAGCGAUUGUGCGAUUCCGCAUGAUGAACUUGUGAUAAUAGCCGGUGACAUGAACGUCGACCAUAGAUCCGUGACAAUUUCCAGAGUUCAAGAAUACUUAGAUACAUUAAAUGUGUUAAAUGCUCAUCCACCACUAUAUGUUGGUCCAUUAAAUUAUACAUUUGAUUCAACAACAAAUUCUUACGUUAAAAAGGGACGUCAGUAUUUGGAUUAUGUACUUUAUUCAAGAGAUCAUAAACAACCUACGUAUGCUGAGCAAAGAGUAAUUGAAUUAAAAACAAAUCAGCCAUGGAAAAAUGAUGUUUCUGAUUUAUCCGAUCAUUAUCCAGUAUUAGCACAUUAUGAAUUUUAA